AUGCAUUUUUCAACCAUCAUUUCUGCUGGUCUGUUCUUGCCAGCUUCUCUGUGUUCACCACUGGUUAUUGAUACCAAUUCUACACCACUGGCCACCAGAGAUGAGCUUCCACAGCAAGUCAUGGAAGAUCUGCGUAAUGGUCUCCUCAGUUCUAGUACCCGUCGAGAUCUUCCUAUUCAGGUCAUGAACGAUCUUAAGGCCGGAUUUGGCGGAGCUGACGUUGAAAAGCGAGGAGACGUCAAAAUCAGACAUGGUCUGGACUGGCUUCCAGAAAAUGUCAAACGGGAUUUCACAGCACUUCUCAAUGCCACCGAACCUGAACACUACAGUGAUUCAGGCGCUAUCGAGCGACGGAGUGAUGGUAGUCGGUACAAUUGUGGCAAUAAGCCUUGGGUUCCUGUUGACAAUUGGAAAGUCGGCUACGAGCUGUUUUGCGGAGGCCACGUGGGUGACGGAAAUGCAAUAGAAAUUGGCUACGCCGAGAACCAGGCAAGCUUCAUAGAAAACGGCAAAGGCUGGAGAUCGAUGGUAUUCAACACAAGACUUACAGAGCAAGACAAGACCAAGUACGACAAAGGCUUGCAGGGUCCUGAGGGACACGUCUAUUUCUUUGUGCACAAUUCCUACAAAAACCCAAGUGGUACCAUUACCUAUGAUGAAUGUUGCAGGUAUCAACAGAAACAAGCCAAUACGGAUUCGAAGUGUUAUCGUAAGGAUCAUAAAGACACGAAGGGCGGAGCAUGGAACGCCCCUGGCUGGGGUCUGGUAGGGGGUUUGGUUUAUGCUGGAAGUGCUGCCGAUUAA